UCAAAAUAAAGGCUGUUUAAAACCCGCCUCAUUCGGUUUCCUUCCUUUAUGUUGACGUUGAACACCGUCUGAUGUUUCAGCGUCCAUGUCCUCCCGUUGGCAGUCCCGCGGAGUGAUACUCCUUUGGAACCGACAAUGUUGAGGCUCUUAAAAUGUCUACUUGGAAAAUGAAAUGGUUACAAUUUCUUUAACAAUACGGAAACGGUUAACAAAGGAGUUAUGGUUUGUGUUAGAGACGUGUUUUUAGUUUCGUGAUAAAAGACGACAACAAGGCGAGGUGGCGGAGGAGUGCUUCGUAUUGCCUUUCCUCUUUUUCAUCAAGCCCUCAGUCCGGACCACGGGGGGAAGGAUCCUAUCCCUAACUUUGUUUUUCUCUCUACUCCAGCCGUUCAUUUUCCCCCAGUUGGAUGCUACAGACUUGAAUUCAGCCAAUUGCUGAGACUGAAAGACCCAAGUGAACAGCAGCAGAGAAUGGCUGCAGUGGAAUCAGACAAGGAGCUCAACGACUUGCUGGAUUUUAGCGCGAUGUUUGAGCUUCCAGUUUCAAAUGGCAAGAACCGACCAACUACUCUUGCCAGCAGUCAGUUUGGAGGUUCAGGAAUGGAUGAGAGGAGUGGGUCCAGUCCCUGGGUGCAAGGACAACAGAACAAUCCGUCAUUCAACCAGGGAAGGGGUUAUGGAGAAGAAGGCCUUUAUGGUGAGCAAGAGGGCAUUGCCUCUGCCCCUAUAUUUGGAUCAGGGAUUGUUGGAAAAGCUGAGCGAGGACCAUACUCGUCAUUUCCAGCACAGCCGGGCUUUAUGCCUAGUGAGAUACCCAUGGCAAGUCCCAAUGCCCUCUCCCCGCCUGGCCUGAAGUCUAACUCCCAGUUUUAUUCCACUCAUGAUGGAAACAACCCUCGUCGGAGACCGGCACAGGAACCUAUUGAAUCGCAGCCAAAAAAGAUCAGGAAGGUGCCCCCUGGCCUGCCUUCCUCGGUUUAUGCACCGGCUUCAGGAGAGGAUUUCAACAGGGACAAUGCUGGCUACCCGGCCUCCAAGGCAGGAAACGUCUACCCACCACCAUUCUACAUGCAAGAAGGCCACCACCCGCCCUCUGAUCCGUGGGGCUCUGCCCGGUCGAUGGUUCAGCCCGGGUAUUCUGCCAUGCUGGGCAACCCCCCCCAUCUGAGCCAGCAUGGCCCUUUCACUGCCAUUAACCCCCAAGACAGACUGAAACGACAGCCACUGCCCCUCUCACCCCAAAACUACCCCCUGCAUGGCAGUGAGGUGAACGGGGCUCAUCCCGCUGGCUUCCACUCCAGCUCCAGCAGCUUCGUAGUCCCCAGCCACACACCCCCUAUUGCCGGCACUGACACUUUGGCCAAUCGAGGAACAGUGCCUGGAAGUUCAGGUGAUGAGAUCGGAAAAGCCCUGGCAUCUAUCUAUCCUUCAGACAGUUCUGCCUUCCCUCCAUCUCCAUCGACGCCCUCUGGCUCUCCCCAGGCUGUGUCAGGCUCUGCAUCGCAGUGGACUCGGUCUUCGGGUCAGGUCACACCUUCACCCAACUUUGAGGAGGGAAUUCAGUCCAUGCCGAGUAAAAUGGAAGACCGUCUGGACGAAGCUAUCAAUGUUCUUCAGCGUCACGCCAGUGGACAGGGCGGGACUGGCCUGGCUGAAAUGCACAGUCUGCUCUCAUCUAGCUUAGGGUUACCUGCAGCCUUCACCAGCGCAGCCCUGGGAAUGGCCAGUCGCCUGCCUGGACUGCUGUCCAGUCACCAUGAGGACUCUGUUGGUCUGCCCUCUAGUGGAGGUCUUAUGCAAGGGCACCACGGCCCUGCAUCUGUUCAGCAUGGCUCUCAGCCUGAUGGUUUUGCUGGCCUGAUAGCAAGUAUUCAACGUUCCAUUGGUUCUGAUUUGAAACGAGAGGAGAAGGAGGAUGAUGAAAACUGCUCCCUCACUGACAAGUCUGAUGAUGAAAGGAAAGACAUCAAGGGCCACCUCGGAACAAGCAUCGUCACGGUGACUGAUGAGAACCUCACUGCCGAGGAGAAGGAGCAGAGGGAGCGAGGGCGCCGCCAAGCCAACAAUGCUAGAGAAAGGGUGCGUGUGCGAGACAUUAACGAAGCCUUCAGAGAGCUGGGCAGGAUGUGUCAGGUCCACCUGCAGAGCGACAAGGCCCAGACCAAGCUGAUCAUCCUGCAGCAGGCUGUCCAGGUCAUACUGGGCCUGGAGAAGCAGGUGCGAGAGCGUAAUUUGAACCCAAAGGCUGCCUGCCUCAAGAGGAGAGAGGAGGAAAAAGUUUCAGGUGUGGACCCCCAGAUGCAGCUUGGUGGGGGUCACCCUGGUCUUGGAGAUGGACAUAUGUAAUUCUCAGUUCCUGUUGAUUGUACAGCCCCAAGAACACGUGGCCUUAAUCUUGAAUUGUCAUACAUCUCAGUGUGUGUUAAUCAACUUUUGGAAAGCACACACGCCCACACACCUCAUUACUUACAAGGCAGUUGGCCACAUUCCUAACGAUGACAAAAGAAACAAGCACAGUCUUCUUGAAAGAGGAAAACAUUUACUGAUCUUGACAAAACUAUGAAUUGAGGACAUUGGUUUGGAGAGCAUGAAAAUUGGACAUAAGGACAUUCUUCUGAGCGUGUUUUUUAAGACAUUUUGAAGAAUUGCUUUACCUGUUGGGAGCAAAACUUGUUUGGAUCAAAUAAAACUUUUGGAUCAAUUGCUCACAUGAGCAGAGUUAGGAUUUUUUAUCAUAGGAUAAUUAUUGGCAUUCCCAUCUGAAAAGGAGGUCUUACAUUCUUUACAAGCAAGGAGGCACACAUGGGUUUAUAUCUAAUGAUAGAACAAAACAAAUAGUGUUUGGUUAUAAAUAGCCAACUUUAUUAUCGUCUCAUUUGAUGACUGAUUUAAAUUGGAGACAUCCAGCCACUGAAGGCCCAUUAGAGAGAGUCUUCUCUCUUUGAUAUGAUAUGGUAACUCUGGCUGUGGUGAAAAUUUCUUGUUUUGGCUGUAAAGGUGCCACAGUGACAGACUCGCAUUUCACAGUUAUGUUAGAUUUUUUUUAUUUUUUGGAUCCCUGAGUCUUAUCUCUGAGUCCUGUACAUCUGUUCUUUUUUGUGGCCAUGCAAGUGGAAUGAAAGAAUGGUGGAGAGAGACCAACCACCGAUGCAAAGACUCAAUACCUUCCCUCUGUGAGGCUGCCGUUGGACUUGUGCGGAAACAGGUGGCAUCCUCACUGUUCAGCCAUGUGGUCAGUUUGAACCCUCCGACCCAAUACAGCUAGUGUCACAUCAGCCUGUGCCUGUUGAAUCACACCCAAAGACACUGUUACGUUGUUGUGAACUCACUCGACUCACCACAAUCUUUGUUGUGGUGGAUGACAUUUUGCUAAGACAGAAAUAAUUAAGUAUUGAAAGGGAUCAUGAGUGUUACUGCUACCUGCUGAAGAAUUGACUCAAUCGCCAUCGACUGACUCGUGGUUUUUUGCUCUAUGUUUGGCAGUGCUUUGUGUUUUUUUCCCCCCCUUUUGAACAAUUGCAAACCCGUAUAAGAAUUAUAAGAAUCUUCCUUUUGUAGAAUUGAUUUAUCUUUAUUUUGUGUGUGUUUUUUUUUACUUUGUAAGAUAGUUGAAUGAGUUUUGUUUUUCUCAUUUUGAAUGCUUUUUGUGUUUACGUUGUUUUAUUGUAACAAGUCUCAAUUUAGAUUUCAGGAACAAAGUGAGUUUUUUUUUUCCUUUUGUGCCAGGUGCUUAGAAAUGUUAGCAAUGACAAAAUGAACAUCUGGCUGUAACAUCACCUGUUUUGAUAUUGCUCAUUUGUUGUUUUUAAAUGCCUGUUUCAACACAAAACUGUCAGGCCAGUUGUAAUUAGAUUCUUCUUCUGUUGGAGAAAGUUUUCUCCUAAAGUUAAUGUUUUUCUAAAGCACGCCCCAUCUCCUCGCCCUGAUGUCGAGCUUACUGAUGAGCUUGUUGAUUAGUUUGAGGAAAGGGAAAAAGGGGACGUGUUCAACCUGCAACAGAAGUCACUGUUUUGUUUUGAACCGAAGCAUAAGAAGAAUCAAAAAGGGGGGCCUUGGCCAUUUUACUGACUUUGGGAGUUUUGAUAAUGGUUACUCACCAGUGCCUGAAUAGUUCUCUGCUACGUGUUGGAUAAUGUUGCAUUCAAGGACUUUUGGGUUGUACCCUUUUUUUAAAUACAGAUGUAUAAAACCAUAUAUACUUAAGUGACAUCCGACUCAGAACAUCUAUAUGAAGGGUGACACUCGUUGAGGCUGGUUUUUCGGAGUCUGUGUCAUUAAAUGUAAGGUGACUUAUAACCUGAUGUACAAUUUUUGAGAGGCAAACUCACUUAAAAUUUCUCAUCUUUGAUGAACUGAUUUGUUAAAUUUGUUUUUGUCCUUGACUGGUAUGUGCAUUAAAGAAGUAUGCACAGCUGUAAAAUGAGUCUUCAUCAGCUUUAUCUUUGUAAGCUGGUGUUGAUAUGUAAUAGUGUUUGGUUUACCUCUACAUUUUGUCACAAAUGUUGCCCUAUGAACUGGCCCUUAACAUUAUUUUCUUUUUAAACUACGUCAGAUUUUCAGCAAGGAAUAAUGUAGCGUGAUAUGGAAAGUGGCCACUAAAAACUUGUAUUUUUUAUUUCUUUUAUUGAAAGAAGUGUCUGCAGUAUCAAAGUAUCAACAUGCACUUGAUGUUCUUUGUUAACAGACUCUUCCUGUCCUCAACAACAGAUGACCUGCUUCAAAACUUUGUCUUCACUCAUGUUUGAGGACAGCAUCUAUGUAGGCUAUGUCCUCAAAGUGCCUCCAGUUUCCUAUUUUUUAUAUAUAAAGUAGAUAUUGAGAACUGUUGUGUAUAUAACAGUAAUGUAGCAAUAAAUGUGCCAUUUU